UUUACAGGAAUGGUACACACCAGCCUGAAUAGUCGAAUGUAUUAUUCAGAAUGAUAAACUAUAUCUUAUGUAAAUAAACAUACGGUUAUAAGCAUAUGAAUAGUACAAAAAUUAAAGUAACAAAACCAUAUAUUACUGGAAAAAUAGGUGUAAAAUUAUAAUUAUAAGGUAUUAAUGUGUUUUAACUGCGGAAACCGCAGAGGCAACGGCUUCGUGUCUGUAGGAAUGCAGCAUCAAGCGAAAUCUAUGGAAUCUGUUGCACUACAUGACUGCUUAAUCUAUUUUAUGGACCCUUGAAGGAUGGAAUAAUAGUGAAGGAGAGAAAGAGGAAUAUAACGAACAAAAUUAACUAUUACGUGCUAAGGAUACUUGCUUAUACAUAAAUAUCUUUGGAUUUGUUUGGAUUUUGGUUAUGAAUCUCAACGCUGUGAAAGUAUCUACCAGCAUCUACUGAAUACAGCCGAACAUCCCCCUAUUCGACAUUUAUAACAGAUUUCUUACAUCAAAACUCCAAAUCCCUGAUGUACUGGAGGAAAUAAUUGGAUUGGUAGUGUGAUGUCCAAUCAGUCCACCACGGGAGUGAGUGUAAUUAAUUAAUAACGUAAAUGACGAGACGGAAAGAUGACCACUGUGUGGUCUCACGAUUUGCUAAAAACUGCAGUAAAAUCUCAUUCGGAAUACAGAGGGCUGACUUGUGACUUAACAACAACAACACCCUCAACGACGACUGAGUUGUGGCCCUGUCUCCCUCAAACGAUGACGAUGGUUCUAAUGUAGAUGCGCAUACCAUCACAUCAGCAUUUUCGCUUCAUCGGGUCAGAAAGUUUAAUAUUUUCCCUACACACACACACUUGAGUGAAAGAGAAGAUAUUUAAUUUUUUAUUUUUUUUUUAUUUCAUUGCUUUUAUUAAUUAGAAAUUUGUAUUUUUCGGGGAGGCAGGGCGAGCUGUUUAGUUUUCGCCCCCAACGUCACCCACAUUCACAUACUUUCGCCCCAUCACAACUUCUUCCCACACUCUCUCUCUCUUACCCUCUUUGAAACUAACUCUCAGCACACACACGCCUACAAACAAAUACAUUCUUCCAACUUAAAUCUGCUCCGACUGCUUGGUCGAACGAAGACACAUGCGAGCUCCUUUUCGCUUGUUAUUUAUCACAUGCAAGUUUUUACGAUGAUCAUUACGACAAUGAGAAGAAGAAGAAUAAUAAUUAUCACAUCAGAUUUAGUCAAUAAAUUCGAUAUUAAUCUUUUCCGAUGUUCUAAUUACCAUUUCUAAAAGAUGUGAAACACAUUUUAUUCCGAUAUAUUUAUACAUACUGGCACGUUUGCAUACAUGUAUACAUACAACAUUUGCAUUGUUUGGAUUGUAAUUACACGCUAAUUAGUAGAAUAUCUUCACAUUUUUAUGAAAAGUUCGUUAUUAUGUAUGAAUCAAUUUGUAAAUUUCGACUGCAGCUCUGCGUGCGUGUGUGUGCGCGCGCAUCAUAGAUUUUUUCCUUGUUGAAAAUCAAUGUAUAUGACUGAGUUAGCUGGGAUUUCUUUCUAGACGAGUGGAUGUUCGUUCUCAAGAUGAUGGUCAUAAAACACAUCUUCAGUUACUGCCACCGGCUAAAGAUUUUUGCUUUACUUUUUAUAAUACUUAUUGUUGGUGUCAUCUUUCUAAAUACGAAUAUAUUUCCAGAAAAUGUAAAGCUUAUUCAUGCUUACAAAGACAUGCAGCAGAUACCCCAACGCCAGUUUUGUACUAUAUUUACUUCAUGGACGACAAGAAAAGAUAAAGCAACUGUACACAAUAACACUUUGCAUUUAUGGACACAGUUGGUACCUGAUAUUCAACCAGUUUUAUUUACAAAUGAAUCAGUUCUUGCUCAGAAAGCUCUUGCUCAUGGCUGGAAAGUACUACCAAUUUCACAUGCUGCUUGUGGAAAUUUACCUGUGCUAAAGAGCAUGUUUUUGGAUGUUCAGCGCAAUUUUCCGUCCCAAGUUUAUGGUUAUGCCAAUUCAGAUAUUCUCUUUGAUUCUACACUUAAUACCACUCUACGUUCAAUCUUAAAGCACAAACAAUUUUACCAAAACCACAGUUUUCUCAUAACUGGCCGUAGAACGAAUGUUAAUUUUCAUAAUCUAACUGUAAAAAGUGUCAGAAAUCUAUCCACGAUUGCAUCAAAAGGGUCUUUAGCAAGAAUAUGGGGCGAAGACUAUUUUUUUACAGGAAAUCGUUUUCCCUGGAGUAAAUUUCCUAACAUGGUUAUUGGACGGGUCGCCUUUGAUAAUUAUAUCGUCAUGUUUGGAAACAGAAACAAAGCAUAUGUUAUUGAUCCUACGUCUAACCUAUUAGCAGUCCACCAAACCACCAGUGAUGGUAACCUAGCUAGUUCCAAACGACCAAAUGCAAAAUGUAAUACCAAGUUGAUUCAACCGCAAAAAUAUAGACAGGGUUACGCAGACUGUAUACCACUGGAAACAAGACAUGAUUUCCAAGGUAUAAUUCAAAUGAUCAAACGCAAAACACCUUCACUUUGUCACUGACAAUUAUAAAUAUUUUGGAAUGUUUUAUUGAAGGUAUUUAAAUAUUUAACAUAUGUGAUUUUCUCAGACAUAUCAUCAGGCAUUUUAAGAAUAGAACUAACGUCAGUGUUUUUCAUAAAAUAAAAGUCAAUCAAAUCACUUUUUGACAUUUACAACAACUGUUCAACAGCCAUCUUACCCACACAGAAUUUGCUAUAAUCACUGAAUCAUAUACUGAACAAACAUACUUAUAUAUAUAUAUAUAUAUAUAUAUAUAUAUAUAUAUAUUGAAAUAAAGCCAUUUUUUUUUUGACACACACACACACACACUGCUAGCAAAUAAAUGUUCAUGAAUGUCACUCCAACUUCGGAGAGAAAAAAAAAAGAAAGAAACAUUUGGUAAUUUUUAUCCUGGAUACUCCCAUAUCUCUAAACAUGGAAUGCCAUGACUGGAUUGCUUUUCAUCCAUUGGUCAGCUGGAGCUAUGCAACAAAAAAAUCACAUGAGCAGGUGAAUAAGCUAGAAAAGAGAUUGGUGGUGCAUCUAUGUUAUGUUUUCAUAUAUUUUUGUGAAUACAGAUCAAAUGUUAUUUAUGUUUAUUAUGAAAUAAUUUAUUUUAAAUAAAGUGAAAUAGCUUUGUGUA